AACUUUACUGUUGGUGGGCUGCUUCUGUUUCUCAUUGUUUUUAUUUUUAUUUUUUCUGAUUUCACCAUUUCUCUACUUUUUUUGAUUCUUUGGCAUAAAAAAAAAAGAAUAAAUAAAAAAUCUUACUGCUGAAAGUUGUUAGACAAGUGGUGCUUUUACAUAAUCUUUUGUGAAUGUGAGACUGCAUUUUUCUCAUUCAAGCCUUUGAGCUGAAGAGAAGGAGCAAAUGAUUGCAAUUUGGUUGGGUUUUUUUUCUUUAGCUUCAAUGCUUUGAGAUCUGAAGUGGGGUAUGGCCUUUUCUUUUCUGUUUUUCUUCAGAAAUUAUUAUCUCUUUAUUGGUUACAAAAUGCAAGUUUACUAUGCCUUCUUUUAGCUCCUUAAUUAUCAGUUCCAAUGUCAGACAUUGUUAUGUGCAGUAGAUUUGGCUCCCCUAUUAGAAAGUUUCAGACUUUCAGGAAAAAAAAAAAAGAAAAAAAAUUGGAUCUUUGAUGGGUUUAAAAUUUCUUAAUUUGCCAAGAAUGCCUCAUUAAGGAGGAUGUGUGAGUGACUAUGGAAUUAGACUUCGACAAAUAUUGUGUUGUAGAUGGAAGUCCUACAACUGUGCUUCCAGCUCCACGACGUCGUUCUAGAAAAUCAAAUAGUAAGCUCAAAUGUGGGAAUGAGCUGCUCAGCCUCAAUGAAGAGUUCACUGAGAUUAGGUUUAAUCGUUACCGUAGUGCAUCGUGUAGAGAUGUCCCAAAAACCCCUCGGGAAGGUCAUCAACUGCUGAAGAGGGGCUCUGUGUACCAGAGCUCCAAAGAUGUGAGAUUGAUGAGGAGAAGUGAUGAUGUUGUUUCGAGGAAGAAGAUCGAGUUUUCAAGAGGAAGUGCAUCUGCAUUCUCUGUUGGGAUCAUUGAUUCCUUAUGUAGUUUGGAUGAAGAAAGUCCCUUAGUAGAACGAGGCGUGGAGCAGAGCACUAGCUCCUCUUGUAAGAAGCAGCAAGAGUUGCACUCUCGGAGCUCAAUACGUAGUUCUUUUGAUCCUAUUCCUGAAAGAACUUCCUUAAAGAAGACUUCGUCCUCGUGUAAAAGCAAGAAGCAAUCUGAAUCUGCAGUUGAUACAACGGAUGAUGGCGAUAAGAGGUGUCAAGGGAGAGAUGCAGUUAGCACUUUGCAUAAAUCAUUAUCUGCAAAAUUGGCUUUGCCUCAUUCGCCUGCUCAUUCAGAUAGUGAUGGCUCGAAAGCAAGUAGCCCGAGGGGCCGGCUUCAUCCUGUCCUCAAAAUGUUUGAUCCAUUUGUUAAAUCCAAAUCUCACAGAAGUCCUUUGAAUUGUGUCAAGGAGAAUAGCUCUGAGGCAGUUAAUGGGACAGACAUCAAUGUGAAUUGCAACGAAACAGUUUCUAGAUCCUUGCUGACUGAGUUAUCAGACAACAAGGCGGCUCACAAUGUUGGAAUUGGAAAUAGCCCUCAGCUCGAAAAGAGAGACGUUCAUGAUUCACUUCCCUCGUCCUCUCCUGCACACCUCCGUGGCCUUCUCAAGAUGGAACGGAAACAAGGGAUGCUCGUCUUCGAGUUCUCAGUGAAUUCGCCAGAAGAUGUCUACGUUGCAAAGACGUGCAAGGUGGAUAACCCUCUAUCUUGGGCCUACACGUUCCACUCGCUUCAUCAUAGAAGAAGAAGCAAUUCUAGUGCUUGGGGAUUUAGAGAGAGCAACAAAGAAUCCUCUAUGGUCGGACAAAUGCUGGUAUCGUGCUAUCUAUGUACAGAGUUGAAAGGUGCUGGAGCUUUCAAUGAUUCUAUGGUGACAGAGUUUGUGUUGUACGACGUUUCCCAUUCAAGAAGAAGUGUUUCCUCCCAAGAUAGCUCCUGCUGCUCACCCGACCUCACCAAAAUAGUUUCUGAUGAGGUAUCAUCUCGGGGUGAUGGCGAGAAGCAUGAAACACCAGCCAAGACAAAGAGUAAAGGUCAAUCCAAGCAUUCCCGCGACAGUGGUCAGUACGAAUCUUCUCAGCCCGUGGCAGCAGUUGAACUCCAUCCCGGGCUAGAAAUCGCAGCAAUCAUUAUGCAAGUUCCAUUUGAGAAGAGAGAGAGUCUAAAAUUCAAGAGUGGGGAUAAUAGGCAGAUGGACAAGCCACAUUUGAACUUGCUAGAACUUUGUCAGCUCGAGCAGCACGUCGAGGGUUCAACAAACACUGUGAAUCCUGGGAAGCUGCAUGUUGUGAUCCCAGCAGGAAAUCACAGUUUGCCAAGUACUCAAAGCCGCGGCCCUUCACCAUUGCUCGAUAGAUGGAGGUUAGGUGGAGGAUGUGACUGCGGUGGAUGGGACAUGGCAUGCCCCCUCAAUGUUUGUGGGAACCCUAAUCUUCAGAUUGCUGAGGGCCAUCCCCUCAUUGACUCCCACAAUCCACCACAACUCUUUAUUCAGGGAAGAAAAGAUAACGUGCCCGCUUUCACAAUGAGGGGAGUCGAGGAUGGGAAAUACGCAGUUGAUUUCCAUGCGCAGUUGUCCUCACUGCAAGCAUUCUCCAUCUGUGUUGCUAUCUUGCACGCUGCAGAAGCCUCCACCGGUGCUGGACAGGAGAGAAGCGAGCAAAUGCUGCAGAGUGACUCUCUGAGGGUAUUCGCGGAGGAGGAGAUAAAGCAUCUCAUAGAUGCAAUAUCCGAGGAAGAGAAAUUCAAGGGUAGCAAGGUGGAGGAUGCCUUGCCAUCUUUCGUGCUAAAUCCACCCUUCUCUCCGAUUGCUCGAGCAUAGAUGAGUAAUCAUGCAGAGGAUCACACCAUUGAUGGAGCUGUGGUUGCUUCAUUGGAGAUGGAAAGAUACAUUUCCUGGUUAAAUUUAGUUCACAAAAUUUUCAACAAAAAUACCAUACUGUUUAUAUUGGUAGAGAGAUUAGGGCGUAGUUAAAAUUUUCGGUCAUUUGUAUUCUUUGGUUAAUUUAUGAUGUUGUAGUUUAGUGCUCAAGGGAAGUUUUUUUUCAAGAAGGUUGAGGCCCCAUGGCACACUCUCAACUUACCUCAUUGUACGUACCUAUACAAUAAAUGAAACACCCCUUCUAGUGUCUAA